UCAGCUUUAUUUUCUCUUUUUUGGUUUAAUGUUUUUUUCCCACCUCGUAAGAAAGAGUUUAUGCUUUCUAGAACUUCUGCUAAUACCUCCUUCCUCUUUUUGGCCCAUUUGUGACGCCUCUUUGGUCAUGUUCACAUCCUUCCUCUUUUUGGCCCCUUUGUGACACCUCUCUGGGGAUGUUAGCAUAAUGCAGCAAGCAGCUGGGCACCGAGAGGGACAGAGGAGGAAUGGGAGUGGCAGAGCACUGGACUGGGCAAGAGGAGCUCAGCACGGGUACCCGCCUGCUCUGCAGGGCGGUACUGGGCUUGCCACUCCUUCGGGCGAGGGUGAAGGGCAGCUUUCUCGCCUCCUCCGUGAUAUCUGCCCGCUGCCAGGCAGAGGCAGCUCCCUCCCAAGGCAGGCGGGAGCCCCACACGGAAGUCAAGUCACUGCUGGGUUCACAUGAGACCUCAAGAGAAGAAGCUGGGGAAGGAAACCAAAACUCUGCGAGAAACUCCAGGAACCUCGUGGCUUGUUCUACCUGCGGCCUCAGCUUCCCUGCCUGCCCGGCAGGCAGCUCCUCUGGGACCUGCCCGGGAGAGCCAAAGCAGAGAGCGGGAAAGAGAAAGGCUCUGCACGUCACCAUGCAGGAUGAAAUUCUGUUGACUCCCUGGAGGGAUUUUCCUGUCGAAGACACAGACCCAUUCGCCCCCCCGGAUGAAGAGAAGUGGGAUUUUGUCCUAGUAAGCGACAUCCACGAAGUGGGCAGUGAGAAGGAGAUCAAGAGGAAGAAGUUCCUGGAUGAGUUGAGCAAGAAGGGGUUCACCAUCAAGAAAAUUGAGGACAAGAAGCUCUUUUAUGGAGUCCGUGCCCCAAAACAGAUCUUCCAGAAAUACCAGUGGCUCCUGAGGAACCCCGACAGCCGGCUGCAGAGCUCUGAUGUCCAUCAGAACAUACCAGUGACCACCAGGAUACGGAUUGUGAACUUCAUCCUGCAGAACACAAUGACGCCCGACCUCGAGAAGCUGCAUGACCUGGUGAAGAAGAAGGUCUUUGAGACAACGUUCCCCCUGCACGAGAAAGAAGAGUUGAGAGAAUUCCUGAAGGAGAAAUGGGCUCGCUGGAGAGUUAUAUUUUGCAAACAGCCGAUUGAGAAGAUCAGGUGCUAUUUUGGCGAGAAGGUGGCCUUGUACUUUGCCUGGCUGGGCUGGUACACCUACCUGCUGGGAUUCGCUGCGGUGGCUGGGCUGGUAGUCUUCGUGGCUGGGAUUACUGUGUUCAGUUCCAGCCAGGUGAGCAAGGAGAUCUGUGAGGCCAAUAACACCAUCAUGUGCCCUCUCUGCGACCAGAAAUGUCCGUUCUGGCUCCUCUCUGACACCUGCACCUAUGCCAAGGUCACUCACAUGAUUGACAACGAGGGGACAGUUGUCUUUGCCAUGCUCAUGGCCAUCUGGGCCACCGUGUUCCUGGAGCUGUGGAAGAGGCAAAGAGCCACCGUGGUCACAGACUGGGACCUGUACAGGUGGGAUGAGGAAGAGGAGGAACUGGCUCUGGAGCUGAUCAACAACCUGCAGCACGAACCCCGGCAGUACCAGCACUCCUACUUCCGCAGCACCAUCAUACUCCUCUUGGUCCUGGUGAUGAUCGCCGUGCUGAUCGGCAUUGCCCACGCGCUCGUCAUUUACCGGGUGGUAGCCACGGCCUUCUUCACCCAGAGCAACUUUGACUUCCUCCGCGAGCAGGCCAACACAAUGGCGGUGAUGACAGGGGCUGUGCUGCACUACAUCACCAUCGUCAUCAUGACCAAGGUCAACAGGCGCGUGGCUCUCUUCCUCUGUGACCUGGAGAAGCCACGGACCUUCUCCCAGCGCGAGAACAACUUCACCGUGAAGAUCUUCACCUUCCAGUUUUUCACCAACUUCUCUUCGCUCAUCUACAUCGCUUUCUUCCUGGGACGGAUCAACGGCCACCCAGGGAACUACGUGCGUGUUGCUGGCAAGUGGAGGCUGGAGGAGUGCCACCCCAGCGGCUGCAUCACCGACCUCUUCAUCCAGAUGGCCACCAUUAUGCUGCUCAAGCAGACCCUCAGCAACAUUGUGGAGUACCUUGUCCCCUGGGUGUGCUACAAGCUACGCAAGAAGCAGCAGCGCCCCAAGAAGAGAAGUGUGAUGUUAGGAGAGGAGGAGGAAGCUGAGGACCCCUGCAAAAGGCACUGGCUGAGCAACUACCAACUCAAUGAGGUCAACGUCUUCAGCUUGUUUGAUGAGUUCUUGGAGAUGGUGAUCCAGUACAGCUUCACUACCAUUUUUGUCGCCGCCUUCCCCCUUGCACCACUGCUGGCUUUCUGCAACAACCUCUUUGAGAUCCACCUGGAUGCCAUCAAGAUGAUGCGGCUGCACCGGCGCAUGGUGCCCAGGAAGGCCAAUGACAUUGGUGAGAUGGGGCCCGAGGAGCCCUCUCCAUGCUGCCCGUGCGAAUGGUGCUGGUGUUCAGCCCCUUCUCCAGCGGGGAGCCCUCGAGCAUCCCUUUGCUGGGGACUGGGAUCCCUUCGCUGUGGAGGCCGGGGAGCACAGGGAGACCUGGGGGCUGGGGAAGGAGGAGCAAUUUCAGACCUUGUAGAGGCCGAGGGGCAGCCUGGAGGCCUCCUUCCUUGGCCUCUUCUGGCCGUGGCAAACCUGGCCUUCAGCUGGGGACUGCAGGGAGCUGCCAAGGGGACUCACAUGCUGCUGCUCUCCGCAGGAAUCUGGCUGCAGGUCCUGGAGGCCAUUGGCAUCCUGGCUGUCAUUGGGAACGGGCUGGUGAUUGCCAUCACGUCUGACUUCAUUCCUGUGCAGGUCUACAAGUACACAUACAGCCCCUGCAUGAUGAAAAACACCACUGGUGUGGACUGCUCCACCGGCUACAUCAACCACAGCCUCUCCGUCUUCCGCAUCCGGGACUUCGAGCCCUAUACGAAGGUGCCCGAAAUGCUGCCGGACUUUGUCAGGGACGAGAUCAAGGAGUGCAGCAUGAUGGAGUAUUCCACCGAGGUCUAGCCGCCGCUCACCAAGGGAAUGAGAAACACAGACUCGAGCCCCCCGCCCAGCCUGGCAGGGCCGUGGACACGGGAGGAACGGUGGCAGCACAGCCCCUGGAGACGGGCCAUGUGUCCCGGCUGUGAGCGAGCGUGGACUUGAGCUGUGGGAAGCCACAACGUGAUGGUGGCAGGAGCGGGAUGCUUCCCAACCCGCACGGCCAGAAGGAGGAAGGAGGUUGUGGCAGAAUCGAGGAUGGCCCUUCCCCACACACCGAGGUGCUGGGGGAGAGCUCUGGCACCGGGACAAACCAGGGCGCAGCAUCCAGAUGCUGCCAGAUGCUGCUCUGCAGGAGAUGACCUGGCUUCCUCAUCAGUCACUGCCCUGAUGUGCCACGCAGCAUCACAGCAAAAGCCAGUCACCUCAUGCCAGGUUCCCUCUCCAGCUCUAUUUUUGAACUCUGGCCCCUUUCUCCUCUGCCUUCCGUGACUUCCCUGCUCCUGCACUACCAAGAAACUUGAGUCCUUCCUCUUUCACCACAGCCAGCACAAUCCUCCCUUUGGUGCCAGCACCAAGUGGCUGCAGCUCCAACCUGCUGUUUCCAUGGACACUGACAAAAAUUAAGUUUGUAGCGGACUGGGUUCUGCUUGGCGGUGCCUCUGCCCCAAGCACAGCCGACAGUUGUGCCUGGCUCAACCAC